UAGCACAAGGUUUAUGUGACAUGAAAGCCGCUUUCUGUUCUCACUUGUGGUUUCGUUGAAGCGCGUAUUUCGGUUUUUGCCACUUUGGCAUCGCUUACAGCAGUUAUGAUUGAAACUUUAUUUGCGGGACGCUAACAUGUCCCCAGACACCUAGCGAGCGAUGAAUGAAACGAGCGUCGAAUCAACUAGACGGGCGGCGGUGCUGUUGACAUCGGGUUACCGAAGCCAGCCCGUCGCAGGGCUGGACAUAGGAUGGGGCCGAGGCUGAGAUGGGUCGGCCAGCCGUCCGUGUUGUGGCUCGUCUACCUGCUCGUCGCUUUCUCUUUCCUGUCGUUGUUCGUCCACUCUCACGGCAACUGCAAGCACCGAGUCCCUUCUCCCAGCGAGGUCAUCCAUCAGGUGUACCUGAAGCCUGAUCGGUUGACAAAAAGAAGUUCCCCUGAAGACCUUCAACUAAGGAUAAAGAUCAUUUAUGAUUCCAGUGUGGACCACCUUCCUGCAGACAAGAGAAGGCUGGUGAAGGAUAAGUUAUUUCCCCAGGCCAUUGACUUCCUCCAGAAGGCCUUCAGUGUGAGGCACAGGGUGGGGCCUAUACUACUCAGCAGACAAUGUGCAACCAACCAGUACCUGAGAAAGAGAGAUGACCCUCACCGCUACUGCCAGGAGGCAUGUGCAGAGGUCACCCGCUGUGGCCCUGUCAUUGUACCACAGCAUCAUCUACAGCAAUGUAAGGUGUGCAGUGAGUCAGAGAAAUCUUGUGGCCCCAUCGGGCCCCAAGACGGCCCUGGUGUGGAAGGAUCUGACUUUGUCCUCUACGUCAGUGGGGUCACCACAGAGCGCUGUGGACAGGAGAAUAUUGUAGCCUAUGCAGCUUACUGCCAGCUAGAAGCAGAGCUUGAUAGGCCUGUAGCAGGCUAUGCCAACCUGUGCCCUGCAAUGAUCUCCUCCCAACCUCACGAGUUUGAGGGCAUGCUCUCCACUGUCAAACACGAGAUCAUUCAUGCUCUGGGCUUCUCAGCAGGGCUAUUUGCCUUCUACCAUGAUGAUGAUGGAAAACCUCUGACCCCUCGAUUCGCCAGUGGCCUGCCUGCCUUCAAUGACAGCCUGGGUCUGUACCAAUGGAGCGAAUCAGUGAUCAGGAGAGUUAGCAGACUGUGGGACAUUAGAGGAGGGCUGAUGGUCCGACACCAAGUCCACAUUCUGGUCACUCCCAGGGUUGUGGAGGAGGCACGGAGACAUUUUAACUGUCCAAUCCUGGAGGGCAUGGAACUGGAGAACCAGGGAGGGAUGGGCACUGAACUCAACCACUGGGAGAAAAGACUGCUAGAGAACGAGGCAAUGACCGGCUCCCACACCCAGAAUCGUGUGUUUUCUCGCCUGACUCUGGCCAUCAUGGAGGACAGCGGAUGGUACCGCGCCAACUACAGCCUGGCCCAAAGGUUGGACUGGGGCCGAGGGCUUGGCUGCGAUUUUGUCAUGAAGAGCUGCAAGUUCUGGAUGGACAGACAGAGGCAGAGGCACCAUGCGGUGAUUCCUUACUGUGACACAGUGAGAGCUUCUCCUCUCCAGUUGACCUGCCGUCAAGACCAGCUGGCUGUGGCUGUCUGUAACCUCCAAAAAUAUCCCCAGGACCUUCCCCAGGAGUACCAGUAUUUUGACCAGAUCCCAGAUGUAGCUGCGGCUCAACUUUCAUCCUACGGUGGCGCUGUGGAGAUUUCUGACUACUGUCCUUUCAGCCAGGAGUUCAGCUGGCACUUCAGUGGAGAGUACCAGAGAAACUCCUAUUGCAGAGUAUCUGAAAACCAGCCAGACUGGUGGAGGAAUUAUGGAGCAGAGGAGUAUGGACAAAACUCUGUGUGUCUGUACCAGAAAUCAGCUUUCAUUAUGGAGCAAUGCACCAGGAAAAUGACCUAUCCUGACUGGGGCUCUGGCUGUUACAAGGUGUCCUGCUCAACUCAGGGCCUGACUGUGUACGUUCAGGAUCGUUUGUUCCACUGCAUUCGUAAAGGCCAGCUGCUGAGCAUCAGUGUUAGAGUCAAUGAUUGGGUUUACAAUGGUGUCCUGAUCUGUCCAGCCUGCACUGACUUCUGUGACGAUUGUCCACUCCCGCACCAGCUCCUGCCUCUCAACACCUCCAGGAGCAUUCCUAUUGAUCCCUGCUCCAGUUCCCCAGGCCUUGCUGUCACUCUGUGGCCUCUGCUUCUCAACCUGCUCUCCCUUGUGGCCGGCGGACUGCUGUGUCUGUACUGAUAAUACACACAAACACAUGCAGAGGUAGUGUGGACCCACACAGGAGAAGGUGAAGACAACUACAGACAAAGUUGUUUUGCUGACUGUCCUUUACAACUCAAAGAUUAGGAUGCUCUUUGGCCGAUCUUGGAUGUCGCCUCACUUCCUUUCUUUUUUCUCUCUCUACAGUUUGUCUUUUCCUUCAUUCUUCUUCUUUUUCAUGCGUUUCCUCUUUUUCUUCCCAAUAUCUUUCUUUCUGUCCGUCUCAUUUACUCCAUCACUCCCUGUACCUUAUUCUCCUUCUCUUCUUUAAUUCACUCUUUCUUCUCUCUCUUCCCUCUCUCCUUCUUCACCCUCCUGCACUGUUUCCUUCCUGCUUUCCUCCAUUCCAGCUUCACACUCAUUGGUUUCACUCCUUCCUUCCUUAUGACCUCACUGGCUCCACUCUGUCUUCCUUUCAUCCACCCUUUCAUCUAUCGUUCAUCGCUUUACCGUUCAGAGAUUUUCCUAGUCUCACCACUGUCAGGGAUUUUGAUGCUAAAAGCCCUUCAUUCAAUUCAAUGCAGUAGAACACCUGUGGUCAACCAUCACGUAUGAACCAUAUAUUUUACAGUCUAUGAUGGACUGAUCUGUGAUUGAUGGCCCACCAGACAUUCCCUGGCUACUGUCAUAAACUCAAUGCACAUAACUCUGCUUUCUGGGGGAAAUGGAGCAUUGCUGUCAUUGGGAGCUAUGUUAAAUGAGUGGUAUAACUGGUGACACUAAAAUCCACGAUGGAUGGUUUACGUAAGCACCUAAAAUUCUGCAUUCUUAAAUGACUCCUUGUGGGGCAAAAUGUACUUUUCCACCUGCUCUCUUCUGAACAGUGUGGUGAAAGCGGAUAGUCCACCACAGAGCUACAUCUGUUAGGGCACAAUGGCUAGAAGAGCCAAACCAAAUACACACUAUGAUGAACGAAAAAGAAUCACUGUAGGACGGAGCUGUGACAUCAGGUGGAGGCAAAGGAUUGUGACAACACACAAGGUACCAUCACCUCCUUGUUCAGACAUGUGACUUUCUGCAACUUAUGUUUAUAGACUGUUUAAGAAAAUGUAAACAGUCUGUUAUUUGUACUUCUAAGCCAAGACAGUGCUGUUCUCCCCGCCCCCCCCAAAUGAGAUUGAGGUCUGCGAGAAGUGAGGAGGGGUGUAUCUGAGGGGAGGGAGGGGGUGAUGUGGGAAGUGAAUGCCAUCUUUCUUAUAAACAAAAAGAUAUGCCUCAGUUAUUGACUAUUCUGCCCUACAAAAGGCAAACAACAGUAGCCAUGAUUUUGCCCUGUUAAAGGUCAAAGGUCAAUGCUAGAGUUUAGAAUUAUCAUCAACUGAUAAUAUACCCAUAAUGUGCAGUCCUUUUCUGUACCAACAGAUUAGCUUUGAAGUCGUUCUCUUCUCAGUUUCAUCAAUCGGGCAGUUACUGUUCUUGGCCUUGUAGGACAGAAUAGACUUUUAGGGUUUGGGGACAUCUGGGAAGAAGACACUUAAUUUUCCCAUCAUGCCCCCUCUGAAAAAGAUUUGAACACAUGUGCUUGUACGCACCGCAGAUAGUAGGAAGAGGAAGGAUAAGCCAUAAACAUGGCCUCCCUUCAAGGGGGACCGAGGAGGCACCAGCUAGCUGUCAAUCAUCACCAGCUGUUAAGUUUUCUUGCUAGCUGCCAAUCAAAACUUGAACAAGCCAUACUUUGUUGUUGAUGAUAAGAACUGGCAGUGAUGUUGGUAAUGAUCGUAAUGGUUACGUUGGUGGUUAUGUUGAGGAAUAUCCUAAAAUUGGUGGCCUUCCCUCUUUAUGUCCCCUCCUCCUCCUGCUCCCCCUCCAGGAGCCAUAGAACGGGCUACACCGGUACCCACAUUCGCUGGAGCACAAGGAUCCCCUUCUUUCUGUUGAAAGCCAUUGGGGUUAUAGCCUCUUGAUUUUCAAAGGGAUUACCAUGAUGUCAGUGCUACGGGGGUUUUAGGCCGGCAGGCUUUUUUAGGAAAGUCUGACUGAAGUCUUAAUUUGAGGAUGAAUUGGGGAAAUGGAACAGCUCAGGCAGCAUUCCAACGGUGCUUAACACUGAUUACUUUAAACUGUAGUUGAGGUUUAUGAUUUAAAGACAUUUUUAGCAACACUUAAUUAGAAAAUGAUGUAUUUCAGAUAAAUGUUUUGUUAAUAAUUUUUUAUGAUACAGCACACAGAUUGUUGUGCUCCCAAUAUGAGAUGAGUUAAAAGCGUUGCUGCGAGCUAGUAGUGAAACAUCUGCAAUUUAUGAUUAUUUUGAGUCCCGUCUGCGAAAGCAUUAAAGUUUCACAUCA